AUGUCUGUUUUCCUCCCUCUCCUCGACGCCGACCUACGGGACGACGCCCUGCUGACUGCCCUCGCCCGCAUCGGCCCACUCAUCGUACCCUCAAACCUUACCGAUGCCGCUUUCGUCCCCCAGAACGCGACCCGGUACAUUCUGGUCGAUACUGACUCAUCUCUGAGCCCGGACGAGAUCAUCUCCCUCCUCGACCGCGGCGCAGACAAGGUCAUCGUCCCUCCAGGUCUCGCAAAAGGACUCGCAGGUACUGUGCCUGCGGAGAGGCUACUGCUGCUGCUCGAUGUUGCGAACGUCUCUGCCGUCUCCGACACCGUGCGGAACGGGGUGUCCGGCGUGCUCAUCAAGUCGCCGUCGGUAGACGUCGACUUCAUCGGCUCCUUCUCGCGCUUUUUCGCUGGAUCUUCUGUCCAUGUUCUCCCUACGGCCUCUGCGGAGCCCCCCUCGCGCUCAACGAUCCGCGGCCUUCACGGUGCGAAGACGACGCUAGUCAUCCCGACGUCCCUCCUCACUCUCGCCGCCACGGACGCCAAGCACAUCAACGUCGCAGAUGCGUUCCUCGCGAGCAUCACGUCCGAUCGCAAGGACGGUCUCUUCCCCACUGUCGUCUCCUCAUACCUCGAUGGCGGGCGCACGCUCGGCCUUGUCUACUCGUCCUACGAGUCGGUGAAGGAGAGCAUCGUCUCUGGCAAGGGCGUGUACCAGUCCCGCAAGCAUGGGCUCUGGCGCAAGGGCGAGACGUCCGGUGCGACACAGGACAUCGUCAGCAUCCGCCUGGACUGCGACGCCGACGCGCUCGAAUUCUCCGUCGUCCAACACGGAACGGGGUUCUGCCACCUCGAGCGACAGUCCUGUUUCGGCACAGGCGAGCUGACCGGCCUCGCCGCGCUGGAACACACGCUGCAAUCACGUCUGGAGGCGGCUCCAGAGGGCUCGUACACCCGCAGGCUGUUCGAGGAUCCAGCGUUGCUGCGCUCUAAAAUUAUGGAGGAGGCAGAUGAGCUCUGCCGCGCACAGACGAAGGAAGAAGUCGUCUUCGAAGCUGCUGAUCUUCUAUAUUUUGCCCUCACACGGUGCGUUGCAGAGGGCGUGACGCUCGCCGACGUCGGGCGAUCGCUCGACAGGAAGGCGAAAAAUGUGACACGCCGUCCCGGAAACGCAAAACCACAAUGGAGCCAGGAGCCGACCCCCGGCGAAGCAGCUGCGCACAACGCUACGGUGCCUGCCCCUGGCCCUGCUCCUGCUGCGGUAAUCGCGGCGAAUGCAGACCCAGAAGCCCCCAUCCGGAUGCGCACGUACGACCUCUCCGCGAUCGCCCCGGCGGAGCGCGCCCAGCUGCUCCGCCGGCCCGUCCUCAAGUCCGACGAGAUGAUCGCGAAGGUGCGGCCCAUCGUCGAGCACGUCCGCGCGCACGGCGACGCCGCCCUCCUCGAGCUCACCGCCAAGUUCGACAAGGCGCAGCUCGCGUCCCCAGUCAUCCGCCCCCCCUUCGCCCCGGAGACGAUGGAGCUCCCCGACGACGUGCGGCGCGCGAUCGACGUCGCGUACGCAAACAUCUACAAGUUCCACAAGGCGCAGAGCGCGGAGGGCCCGCUCACUGUGGAGACCAUGCCCGGGGUCGUCUGCUCCCGCUUCGCCCGCCCCAUCGCGCGCGUCGGGCUCUACGUCCCCGGGGGCACCGCGAUCCUGCCCUCCACCGCGCUCAUGCUCGGCAUCCCCGCGCAAGUCGCGGGCUGCAAGGAGAUCGUGCUCGCGACCCCGCCCCGCCCCGACGGCAGCGUCUCCCCCGAGGUCAUGUACGUCGCGCAGCUCGUCGGUGCCUCCGCGAUCCUCCGCGCGGGCGGCGCGCAGGCCGUCGCCGCGCUCGCCUACGGCACCGCGACGGUCCCGAAGGUCGACAAGAUCUUCGGCCCCGGCAACCAGUGGGUGACCGCCGCGAAGAUGCUCGUCCAGAACGACACGGACGCGCUCGUCGCGAUCGACAUGCCCGCGGGCCCGUCCGAGGUGCUCGUGAUUGCGGACCGCACGGCCGACGCCGCGUUCGUCGCCGCGGACCUCCUCUCGCAGGCCGAGCACGGCGUCGACUCGCAGGUCGUGCUCGUCGCCGUCGACCUUCCGCCCGAGCGCGUCGCCGCGAUCGAGGCCGAGGUCGACAGGCAGGCGCGCGCGCUGACGCGGGUGGACAUCAUGCGGCAGUCGAUCCCGAAGAGCAUCAUCGUCCGCGCGGGCUCGCUCGAGGAGGCCAUCGCGUUCUCGAACGACUACGCGCCGGAGCACCUGAUCCUACACUUGGAGAACGCCCCAGCGGCCGUGGCUCUGGUGGACAACGCGGGCAGCGUCUUCGUUGGGCCCUACUCUCCGGAAAGCUGCGGAGACUACGCUUCCGGCACGAACCACACGCUGCCCACCAACGGCUACGCACGUCAAUUCAGCGGUGUCAACACGCUGUCCUUCCAAAAGCACAUCACUUCUCAGGAGGUCACUGCAGACGGCCUGAAGAGUCUUGGCCCCGUCGUAGCCACUCUCGCAGACUGCGAAGGUCUCGACGCUCACGCUAAUGCAGUCCGUAUACGGCUUCGUGCUCUUGCAUAG